AUGACUCAAGACAAUUUGCUGCAGCACGAGCAUCGUAGGUUCUUAUUAUGGCCCGAGAGACUUUCGUUUUCAAGUCGGAUUGACAAAGUUGAUGCUGCAAUUAAUCAGGUAACAGAGAUCCCUCCGGCGUUUGCGGUGGCAGAGAAUGGAGACAUUGCCCGGGCGGUGAAGCGCUACCAAGCCACGAAGGCGUGGAGGAAGCAGAUGCAAGUCGAGGAGAUUUUAAUGAGGCCUCAGACACACUACGACACUAUUAAAACACACUACGUGCAAUAUCUUCACAAGCAAGACAAACUCGGCCACCCUCUUUACAUUGAAAAGAUUGGCUCUAUUAAUAUGCGGCAAUUCAAAAAGCUUGGUAUCACGCAAGAGACGCUGAUCAAUCACUAUCUGUUUGCUAUGGAGUUCACACUAAAGUACGCAGCGCACCAGGUCUGUUCGUGUGAUGCCUGCGCUGCAAGUGCCACACAAAAACUGUGCAUUAUACUAGAUGCAAAAGGUAUCGGAAUGCGUGACAUGGGUGGCGAGGCUCUCGACUUCUUUCGUCGAUGCACAAGUAUCAUGCAGCGUCACUACCCACAGCGUUCACUCAAAAUUUUUAUCGUGAAUGUGUCAUCGUGGUUUAGCAUAGCGUGGAAGGGCGUGAAACCCCUACUAAACGAAGCCACUCGUGCAAAGACUAAUAUUUUGACUGAGAGUGAGACCGCAGCAUCAUUACUGGAAUUCAUUGACGCUGAAAAUUUGCCGGUGGCAUACGGCGGUACGUGUGCGUGCGUAGGCGGAUGUGAGACAAACUCGUCGUAUCAACGUCUUGAGCGAGCGUUGGUGGAAAGUGUGCUCAAAUGCAAACCAUUCGAGGCAGAAGAGCUCAUCCGCACCAUUUCGCUUGAACGUUCACUCUGCAAGUUACGAAGUAGCGACGAAAGCACGAUUUCGGAAUCAAAUUCACCAUCAUCGGAAAUUUCUAUUAAAAAAAAAAAUCAAGCACUCUGCUUGGCGAGCAUUUUCAUGUAG